AUGCAGUUUGAAACAAAUGAGAAGUACUACCAGUCCUUCGACCUUGAUUUCCGAUGUUUAGACAAGGAGGAAGUUCUGAAGCAGGCUGACGGGAGGUUGUCGGAUUUCCAAUGCCGGAAUAUGGUGGUGGAUUUUGGGCCGGACAACGCAUAUAUCGGGUGGGAUUUCGAUGAGAGACAAGUUGGAGCAGUGAAGGAGUCUUGGAAGAACAUUGAACAAUGUCCUAGUGCUCCAAAUGCAAGAUGGAUUGCUAUAUUCGAUGCCUACGAACAGCGUGUGCUCGUAAACGCCCUUCUCGCGAAGUAUGGCAUAUCCGCUCGUACUAGGGCCAGCAUGACUUCACCCCGUGGCAAAGGAAAUCUUGAAAUCGUCCGAAAGAUGUGGCAUUGGUCUUCCUUUGAGUAUGAUGAAAGAUUUCUCAUACUGGGCAUAAACUCUCUACACAAUCUCGCACCAUCAGAGGACGACGACAGACGUAGUAGGAGUCCUAAACUGGAAGAAGAGGUAUUCAAAAAGCCCCUACCGUGGUACAACAGGAUAUUUAGAAAAUCUCCACGCCCUAUACCUAACCAUAGCGACGAACUCCCGCUUACGACUGCACCCCAAUCGAUUAACCUCGAUGCCCGACAAAGCUCUGUCCCCCGCCUUCCAAUUACAGAUUCUAAACGUCAUCGAGUCUCCCAGUACGCCCAAAAUAAAUUCAACCGCCAAAGCCAGUCCAAUAACUCCACCCAAAACCCUCGCGCAAAUAAAUCGUAUAGUUUAGACCAAGCCGAUGAUAUUUUCGACAACGCUGCAGACUUUGAUGAAGAUCACUACCAUCCUCGCAUGCUCAGAUUGUGGAUAUGGUUAAUAAAGUUAGAUGAUAAUACAGUGAUAACGCUCCAUGAACCGUUCCCGCCAUUUAGAUCGGAUGUUGCAACAUAUGACAAAGUCGCGAAUACUACGGCGAAAGUCAGGAGGAAUAUUCGAAUGGUGUUGAAGUGCCUGUCAGCUGCAGGAGUACCAAAGAAUAUAGACGGUUCAGAUGCUUAUAAUCCAGAGUUAGCUAUGGAGACGGGGGCGUUAAUUGUACGACAGAUGCCCGAACAAUCCUGUGACUUAUUAUUCUACUACCUAUUCGACGAUUGGUACUCAACAUGGGGACUGACUGUCGACAGGGCACACCCUUAUACCAAAAAACUGAGCCAAAUGAAAAAUGAAAACCCUCAGCUCUACCACAUCGAUGAACUCCACGAUAUCGUGCGACGUUUAGCAACCCUAAAAAGAGUCUAUCAAAGCUACGAACUGGUUCUAAAUCGUUUACUAGAAGAAAAUAAGCACUUACCUAGCGCACCAGAAAAGAAGUUUGGUCCUCUAGCAUUAACCCGGUUUGCGAGGUUGAAGCAUAGAAUUACGUAUCUCGCUAUCGGAGAAAUUACCGAAUGUGAGAAGGAAGCGGAAGGCUUGAUAUCUUUAACCUUUAACCGUCUAAACUUCCGUGAAGUCCAAGCUGUCGAAAAAUUAUCCCUUCUAUCUAUCACACUCGUCAAAUUCACUAUAGUUUUUCUUCCAUUAUCUCUUAUAAUGGCCUAUUUUAGCAUGGAUGUUGAAGGUAUCACGGGUCGCUAUACGGCAGCACACUUUUGGGGGGCUGCAGGGGUGGCCGUGUUCUUGACCUCGGCCUUUUUGUUGUGUGUCGGGAAGUUAAAUAAGAUAAUGUUAGGAACUAAGAAAGCUAGGAGGAAUAUGAAAAGGGCAAUUGAUUGA